UGGUUGAUUCACUUCCGGGAUUUCCUAAGCGAGUGUUUUUUUCGUCAUUGUAUUAAAUUCGGUCGACACGUAACGAGCGAUUCAUACGUCGAUUUAAAGAAUUCACGACAUUGCUCUUCGUGAAGCGGAGGAAAACCUAAAUAUUACAUGAUCAUGUUUACCGCGUAGUUCUAUAACAGGAUUGUAAAUCAAAUCUCAUCGAGCUAUUUAGGAGUGUAAUCGGUUGCUUCUCAUUCAGCAUCAAGAUGCCAGUGGACAGAAUGCGAAUGCGCCCCUGGUUGGAGGAGCAGAUUAACAGUGGACAAAUUAAAGGUCUUCACUGGGUGAAUGAGGAAAAAAAGAUAUUUCAGAUACCAUGGAUGCACGCAGCCAGACAUGGAUGGGAUUUGGAAAAGGAUGCACCAUUAUUCAUGAAGUGGGCCAUUCACACAGGAAAGUAUUGCCCAGGUAUCGACAAACCAGAUCCUAAGACAUGGAAGGCCAACUUUCGAUGUGCUAUGAAUUCUCUUCCAGACAUUGAGGAAGUGAAAGAUAAAAGCAUGAAAAAAGGAAGCAAUGCUUUUAGAAUGUACAGAAUGCUUUCGUCAUCUGAAAAAGCUGUUAGGAAAGGAAGAAAAAAGAUGGACCCGGAGCAGAAAGCAAAAGUAGGAACGCAUGACCAAACAUAAAAAGAACAGCCUCACUAAAUAUUACAAAUGAUCUCACAACUGUGCUCAAUUCUUUAGAGGGUUUUUCAGAAACGAAAAGCUGGCACUCCGAGAAAAUAUAAAAUGCUAAAAGAACUGAGUGAAGAGGAGUUAAGGGAGGACAUUACACCAGACAGCACUGUGCUAUUAGCUGGUAAAUAACCAUUUGUUUUUCCCUCACUUGUUCUACCCUACAAAAUCACAGCAAUAACGGACACAGCAUUGGAUAGUACCCUUUUUUAUCUGCCAAAACGUAUUUGAAGACAGAAGAUUGACGUAAAAUGUGUACAUUUCGUUGCAUUAGUCUUGAACCACUUUAUAUUUAAGGAUGUGUCUCUAACUACUAUGUACUAAUAUGUAAAUUUUAUGUGUAUAUAUAUGUUUUAGCUUUGUUUUAAAAUGUAGCUAUAUUUGACGUAUUUCUCAACAUAACUCUGUAACUUUAACCCUAAACAAACCUUUAAAGCGUAUCUAGACUUACAGACUCUAAAUUUAACACUUUACUUUACAUUUCACUUCAUUCGUUGUACAAUUUAGAUUUUAGAUGACGUUUGUACAUUAUAGUUAAAGACACCGAAUAUAAAGUGGGAACGAUCGUAUCAAAAAGUGUCUUCUGAACAUUGCAAGACAUCAGAAGUAGUUUUUCUUUUAACCAACUGGUCUCUGUGUUUUUUACAACCAAAAUAUGUCCACAUGCUAUCUGCCUUAAACAAUAUUUCUGUUGUUUAAUUAUGUAAAUACAAACUUGUUUUUUUUGUUAAAUGCUUUGCUGAAACCACUUGUGCUCUUUGUUAUUAAAGUGCCCCUAUUAUGCUCGUUUUGUUUCGAAGGUCUCAUAUAUUAAAUUUACAUGCAUACAAGGUCAUCACAAGCCCGUUUUUUCAAAGUGUCUUAAACAAUUUGUCUGGGGAUUCGCUUUUUCUAAACUCCUCCAUUCCAAGAGCUUAUUCUGCUCUGAUUGGUUUUUUGUUCACAGCGCGUGUUAGAAAUGAAACAUUGAUUACCAUAUCAACUAAGGGGUUUUGUUUUCCUCGAGCAUUGGUAAAGAAAAAAUGGUAAAAAAAUGUUAUGCUACUUUGAGCAUGUCCCCGAUAAUAAAUCAUUGGAAGAACUAGUUGAUCAACCCAAACCUGCAUUGGAAGCAUGACUUUAGCAGGACUUUUAUACUGGUAAGUUUUUACCUUGUGUUUUUCCAGUACUUUUAGUUGGUACAUUUUUAUUUCUUAUAGCUGUAUAAUAGGUCUAUCUACAUGUACAUGUGUUCCAUAAAUGCAAGGAAACAGUUUGUAUGUAUUCACAAGUAACAUUAGCUGGAUAAGUCCAUUUCACAUAUUGUAAGCUGUAUGUUUGAGCUUAAAGUAGAAUAAAAGUCUACUUAACAUA